AGUCUUGUACGCCGCAUGUCUCUGUCCUCUGAUGGUGUUCAGACUUUUGCGAAGCCUUGGCCAGGAGCAGCUGGAUGCUCAUCAGCUGGAAUUGAUGCUGGUCAGCAUAGUUCUGAUAGCUAUUCUGCCCACCAUCAGCACGCCAGCGCUGCUGUUAUCAGCACAUCGGAACAUAUCAAUAGAAGAUUUGCAUUACGGCUCAGGAAUGAAGAUCGCAGUGGCAUGUUUAACACAGAACCCGACGUAUCAGUCCGCAUCUCUUACUGGAGUCACGAUUCCGGCCAACGACUCCGGCUUGACGAAUUCUUCGCAUUUUCGCCCAACUUGCCCAUACCAUCUGGACGUGGGUUCAUCCAUUCAAUCAAUGUCGCGUACGCCUUCGCCCCGGCAGUAUAGGCAGGACAGUCGAAAGUUCGGUCACAAACCGCCAAUUAUUUCUGGUGGAUCCCCUGUAAUUUUCGCUCAUACUAAGAAUGAACAAAGGCAUUCAUCAUGGCAUACAAGCGGACACGGUUUUGAGGAACGCCACAGUUUGAGUGUUUCUCCGCCAGGGAGUUUCAUAUUAAGCCACAAAGCCACCAACAAUGGCAGUCACUCAUGCUCAAAACGGGAACUUGAUGACAGGAUAACUCGAAGUUCCCUUUCGUCUUCACCGCGGUACCACGACGCGAAGAGACUUUCGUUGUCACAUUCGUAUACUGCUUCCUUAUCUCCUAUGCCGGUGAGCCGCUCUGUCGCGAGGAGAAAACGCUCCUACGAUCCUCCUCGAUCUCCCAUCCACCUCACUUUGUCAGCGCUUGGCAGAGAUACACUCGUGUCGCAUUCUUAUAACAACCUGCAGAGCUCGUCUCAUUUCUCACAUGAUAUUGCAAGCGGGCCUGUGGAGCUAAAUUAUAGUAAUUUAGACUCGUCUCUCACGCCCACUGCAUUCAGCUACCAUCCGCCGGAUACGCGAGUGUCUCCUUUGCUGUACUCUCAGUGCCACAGCCGACGAUAUGAAGGGAAUCUUGACAACGCAUAUCUUACUUCUGCUUCUCAGUCGAGGAUUUAGUCGCGAGAUCUGCUACUAAAAGUGUCUUUAAUUCAAUGAAUUAGCCGCGAGAGUGUUGCUUUGCAUGAUAAAGCACUGGCGUGUGGAGUGCGUGAGCACUGUGAAUUCAAACAGGAAUUCAUAUAACAGAAAUUUCAAAUGUUUCGUGAGGCAUUGUUUGGGUUUGAAUUGAAUGACGUUAAGGUCAGAAAGAUGAAGUUUAUGUGGUUGAGAUUAGGUGGUAUCGCAGAAUUUCUUAAAAGCAGAUCGUUGUGCAGUGCUCCUUGAAGAAUCUCAACCUUUAAAAAAUGAUCUCAUUUAUCCUACUAGAUUGAUUAUCCAAAUUUUCUCUUAUUCAUGAAAAAUUCGAUCUAAAAGCAAAUAUGGCGUGCAGUAAGGACGACAUUAGGUUUUGCGUUUUCCUUAAGUGUGCUAAGGA